GCCAAUACUAAAAAUAUGUAUAUAUAUAUAUAUUCUUAAGCUUAAGUUGAAUAUCCUGAGAUUCAUUCUUGUGCGUAUUUUAAACAUGUAAAAGAGAUUUUAAUUUUAUAAUUUAAAGAAUUUUAUAAUUCAAAAGAUAAUUCAAGUCUGUAAUGUUGAUGAUUUCGUUACUCUAGCAUCACAUAUUUAUCAGUCAUACCUUCUUACUCAUGUGAGUGUAACAGCCAUUUCUUAUCGCUUAUUAUAAAUAAGCGCAUCCGCUGUUACUUUCGUAUUUAUUCUCCGGAAUUUAUAUUGUCAACUUAACAGCAUAAUGAUCAUGUUUCGAUACAUGUUAGUGCUACUUAUAUACGCGAUAAUGUGUUGUUUAGUAGCGGGAAAUACGAUUGAAACUGAUACAAUAAUCAACGGAUUAACAGCUCCAGGCAAAUUUUUAAACACGAAUGGAAAUUUGAUUCCGGCACAGCAGAUUAUUUACGUUUAUGGACCACGCCAAUGGAAAAUGCAAAACAAUAUUAUAGACAAAACAGGAAAUGAUUAUCUUAUUACACCUGGAAUGGGCGCUCAUAAACUUCACAUUCGCCAGUUACCAUGGAAUAAGGCUCGCAGAAUUUGCAUUCAAGAAGGGGGUCAUUUGGCUAUCCUUAACUCCAAUUCGGAGGAAAAAUUGUUGGUGCACAUGUUGGAAGAAAAUAAGAUAAGUGAAGCAUGGCUCGGCGUACACGAUCUCUAUGAAGAGGGCGAUUGGAACACGAUCAUGGAUGAAUCUAUGGAAGCUACAGGCUAUUCCAAGUGGACUUCGAAUACUAAAUACAAGCAACCUAACAAUGCUGACGGAAACCAGCAUUGUGGAAUCCUCCUGAAGGAUGGCGGAAUGAACGAUGUCGAGUGUACCCUAGCACUCGCCUUUUUCUGCGAAAUAUCUUUGUGAAUCAGCGAAUUCGCAUAAAUCAUGUGAACGUGAGAUUAUAUCAGAUAUUGUGUAAUGGUGUGCGAUUUAUCAAAGGUUAUAAUUAAAUAGUCAUCCUAAGAUGUGCUAUUAAGAUUGAAUUAACAAUAUUAAUUACAAUACAUGUUUUCAUAAUUAAUGGAGUUUAUAAAUGAAUAUUACAAUGAAGGUAAUUAUAGGUCGUAAGCUCUAUUUUUAUACUAACGAUUAUCUUUAGGGAUGUUGAAUGUUACUGUGGAACAUUGUAAGAAGACUAUUAUCUUCUUACAAAAUAUAAAUCGGUAAAAAGAAAGAUAUGCACCUUUAUUCCAUAAUUGAUGAAAAUCCAAGAAUUAUUAUUCAUUUUUCUAGAUUAAUUGUAACAAAUUCAAUUUAAUGAGAAAUGCAAAGUGAUGCCGAAUUGUAACUUAAAACCCCUCCUCCGGGAACAUCAAAGAGAGGGUAGACGAGAUUCAAAGGU